GCCGAAUUAUGUUCGCAUGAUCAGUACGUGAGACCAAAAGUGGCAGGAACACUGACGCAGGCGACAAGGCACGCCUUGCGAAACCUCAUCGCCAAGACACGUUCACGGGUUACCUUUGCUCGUUUGUCAACACCGAUUCCAAAACAGCCCGAUCUAUAGCGAGGGCGUAGAGAGCAUUCAAGAUGCCGGCCUUCCUGCGAGGCAUGUCUGGCGGCUCCAGCAGGCCCACAUCCAAAAGCAAGGUAUCCGGCUCCGGGCGGCCAGGUAAGGCAAAGCGCAGUUUGGCGCUCGCGUCGCAAGCAGACCCGCUUGCCAUCGUCACCGCUCCACCGGCCAAGGAAUCUUCGGCAGAACGCGAUGCCCGUCUGCAGGAAGAGUCGGUUGCUCGCAAACGAAGCGAGGACAUUGACAAAUGGCUCAAAGCAGACAGCACCGCCACCAGAAAGGAUAGACAAGGAGAGGUUCAGCUCGCAUUACUCGGACAAUCGGGAGCGGGAAAGACAACUCUACUUAAACAGAUGCGACUGUUGUACGACCCACAAGGAUAUGAACGCGAACGCACCUCAUGGCGGCUCGUUAUCUACCUCAAUGUGAUCACCGCAACCCGACUGCUGCUCGAGGGAGUCGAGCGCGUGUUAGAAGAACAGGAAGACGCCAAAGAGGCAGCAACGCGAGCAGCCAUCCGGAGCGGGGCGGUCGACGUCGAAGAGACCAUCGGGGACGACAGUGUGGACACCUCCAGCAGCGGAGGCCGCAGGGGGGACUUCGUGCCCACCGGCCUGCUGUCUGCAGCUGCAACGGCCGUCAAUGGCACAUCGCACGUCCUGUUCCCUACUUCCUCCCGAAACUCUCUCAUCUCUCUCAGCCGUCAGGACACGUCGUCAAACAGCACGGGGCGCCGGUCGUCCAGCCAGCGCGGGCGAGGGCCGUGCCGGGCGACGCUUCUGAUCCGUCUCCGCCUCGCCCCGCUGCUGUCGUUGGAACCCGACCUGCGCAACCGCCUCGGAGCCGUCGGCGACGACGUUGCCAAUGUGCCCGAGUAUCUCCAAGCAAAGGGCAAAGAGCUGCGGUCGUCGCUGCGAGGGUCGAUUCGCACCAAACAGCAGCUGCCCAACUGGCGCGGGGGUAACGCCGGGGAGUCUGCAAGCAACGGCGUGCGCUUGCGCGCCAGCGCAGGGAUCAAGGUGGAUGUCGAUGAAAGCUCUUCAAAAGACAUGGGCCCGCGCACGAUCCACUACAAGCCGAAGCGCAGCGACGACCUCGUCUUGAAAGCCGGUUGGCAAGACCGAUCAGCGGAGCCGCCUUCGCCGUCUGCUGGCUCGCCCCCCUCAUCUCCCACCUCGCCCGGCUACCCUCCGCCCUCUGCAUCUUUGGCGUUCGACAUGCGCACCAGCCUUGAUUCACUGCAGUGUGAGCACAACAACGAGGUGGCGAACCGCUUGCGCCAGCGCGAGGAGGACGGCCCGCAGGCGCUGGUACUGGCUUGCAAGGGCGACAUCCAGGCGCUAUGGAGCGGUAAGGACAGCGGCGUCUUCUCGCACGGCAGUGUCGUCAAGAAGCUACGCCAGAACUUUACGUUCGAGCGCGUCAGCGCACCCACGUGGUUCCUCGAUCAGCUCGACCGCAUCUCCGUGGCGGACUACGCGCCGACAAACGAGGACAUCAUGCAUGCGCGCGUGCGCACGAUCGGUCUCUCGGAGAGCGUCUUUCAGGUCGGCUCGCUUCACAAGUACCGCGUAUACGACGUCGGCGGCGACCGCAGCCAACGCAUCGCCUGGGCACCCUUUCUCGGCGACCAAGUCCGCGCAGUCAUCUUCAUGGCCCCCGUCGGCGCGUACGACCAGCGCCUGCAGGAGGACGCGAGCGUCAAUCGCGUGCAGGACAGCCUCGACCUCUUCUGGCAAGUGGCCACGAGCCCGCUUCUCCUGUCCGCCUCCGUCGUCUUGCUCCUCAACAAAAUCGAUCUUCUGCAGCACAAAGUUCGACGAGGAGUAAGCGUCAAAAAGCACUGGCCCAAUUACGAUGGUCGCGAUGACGACUACGAACAAGUCUGGCGAUGGUUCCGAGCGCGCUUCACGGAUGUAGCCAAGGCGUCGCGCGGAAAGCUUCACUCGGAGCUCCAACGCAACGUCGGCCAAGUGUACAUUUUCCCUUCAUGCGCCGUCGACACGAGCAAAAUCAAGGCGAUUCUAAUCAGUGUCCAGGAUACUAUUCUUCGGAGCAACUUACAGGAGGCCGGCCUUUACUAAGUUCCCAGCGAGUAGCACUCAGCCCACCCCUCACAAUCUAAGCGUCCGC